AUGGGCGGUCUCAGUUUCAAGCGUCUUCGUCUCCAAGGGCGGAUCGAAGGCAACGUUAAGAGACUGAGCCCAGAGGAUGCUUCGGUGUCUCCCCAUUCUGCUCCAACGGCCGUCAAGAGGAGGAGAUUCUUUGACCUUAAUGACGAUGGCGAGAAGGAGGAUGUGGAUGGCGAUGAAAUGGUGGUGAAGAGAGAAGCUAAGAGGGUGCUGAGGAAAGGGGCUGUGAGGAAACUGGGAGAUGAUUUUGAGAGAGUGGCCAAUGAUAAGGAUAGCGCAGGACGAGUAAAGAGGAGUUUCAGCGAUGGUAUCGGUAUUGAUGUUGAGUCCGAAGUGGUGAAUAAGAAGUGGAUUGUAAAGGGGUUGAAGAAGGGUAAAGACGAAUUGCAACCGAGUGGGACAAAGACAAUAACAAGGUGUUAUCCGAGAUUGGCAAAGCGUGGUUGA